AGGAAAAGGGGUAUUUGCAGAAUUCUAACAAUAGCUCUACUAACUUACCUAAGUUGUUUUCAACUCAUUAAACAACUCUGUGCCUUAGUUUCCUCUACUUCAUAGGGAUAUUCUGACAAUAAAUAUAGACAAAAACUUGAACUCUUGGCAGAGAAGCACCAUAUGUAUUUCACUAGGGUGAUAAUUUCUCAUCCCCACAAGUUUCAACUCAUGUUAUUUCUCUGGUUUAAUUUUAAGCUUAAAAUAGCAUUGUGUGUGUGUGUGUGUGUGAGAGUGUGUGUGUAUGUGUGUGUGCACGCACAUACUACCCACCAACAUGGCUAGCAUUCUAACAAGAUUCUUUUCUCCAACUUUCAAAAUGCAUGAGAAGUUACACAAUACUUUAAUUUUUAACAUUACCAAAACCUCACCACCACAGCGAUACAGAAAAUUUUUGAAACUCGCAACUAUAUUUUCUACUACACUACUCUUACCUUCUAUAGAAGUACAAUCAAAACUUACAGUCUACUCAGCUAGCCCCUGUGAAGCUUAAACACUACCAGUGGAAGAUGAUAAAAAUGCAUACUGCUUUUCACAAUUAUAAAAGAUUAAUUCCAACUACAAAUUAAAAAUUUGGUACACAUUUUUUAAAAUGAAGGUCACUAAUAUUCCUAGAAUAAUGGAAAUAGGUGAUGAUUAUAUUUCUAAUAAUUCAGUCAUCUGCAACAUGUCUUCUACUUUGUCAACAGAUAUAUAAUCUAGCCACUGUCUAAAAAAAAAUUCCCCAAUAUUGAGAAUAGAAAAUUACUUACAGGUAAGCAAAGUUAAUAAAAAUUUAAAGUAAUAUUUUAAGUUAAUUACUGAUACCAUUGUUUUUAUUCUUUUGACAGAUCUAUCUUAAAUAAUUUAACUUUAUAUCUUAGGAAACCAUGUAACUAACUUCCUUUGUCCUUUACCAAUAUAUUUGCCCAAUAACAUUAGCAUAUAGCUACAUACAACAUUUCAGGCAUAGCAAUCCAUUAGAAGUGCCCAGGUUAAAAACAGAAAUAGCCAGCUGACAUAAUAUAUUACGAGAAAUGAUCAGUAUAUACACACUGAAUGAAAGGUUUACCUAAGGUAAAGACUAAGUAAUAAUCUCAAAAGUAAUGCAUGUGAUUAAAUCUUUACAAACUGAGACUAUGCCAAUAGCAAUAGAGUUUUAAAAAAAUAUUUUAGGGUAUAAUCACCUUAGAUCAAUCUGAUUAAUGUUUUGAAUGAAUGAAUGAAUGACUACCUGAAUGAAUGAAUACUGCAGUCAUAACAAUGUUUAACACCUUGAGAUGUUCACAACAAUUUGAAAUACACAAAGAAGAUGACUUGAAUACAAACAAACUAGUUGAAAUUCAAUGUGGUUCACAGUGAAGAUGCAGUCGCUUUCUAUUUGUAGAACAAAGAAUCUCAACUAAAAACAUAUAUAUGACUAAAAUAUUCUCAAGUGCUAUUUAUUAUCCAGGCUUUAAAGAGAAUAUGUACUUUUUACUAUGUAAUUCUUGCAAGACCCUCCAUGUCCCUGCAUUUUUUAAUGUUUGGCAUACAUGAACAACAAACCAGAAUAGACACAUUGUUAAAAGACUAAUUUACUCAUAUUCUAUUUAAAAGCAACAUACAACCACUUAUAAAUAUAGCCUUUUAAAAAAGUAUCCUUAUAUAAAACAGUGGGGAGGGGGGGAAUCCCUGCUAUACAUAUCAAGCAGUUUAAGCCCAAUACAACUGACCAAUCAAGAUUAGUGAAUGCACUGCAUCUCUCUGCAGUGGAGAGAAGCGACAAGGUAGGCUGUCAUUCUGCAAAAGCUGCCCAGACCAGGCUUUCCUCUGAAAAGCAGUGCAGUGGUGCCGUUCCUUUUUAGAAAGACUGAAUCUAAAUGUUGUCUCUGGAGACAAGAAGCCUUCAGAAUGUUAAAUUACUUUCAUUAUGUUUUUUCAGAUGCUUAUUGAUUCCACAGUAGGAAGAGUGAAAGACUGCAGCAGCCUCUAAGCAGCACUACAUGUUCCACACACUAGCAGUACUGCUGAAACAAUGGCACAGUACAGACACAUAUUUUCAUUAAGGUCUUUUCCGAAGAGAUGUUUAUGACCCUCAUCCCCCAGUUCUCUACUAACAAGUGAACAAAAUGAAUCAAUCAAAACUGGAAACGCUUCAACUACAUCAAGAUUUUAUCAAAUCUUUAGCGGAGGGCCCACGACAGCUAAUUCAGUAUUUACAACUGACAAUAUGAAGAACCCAUCUGACUGAGCAUCUCCUUAGCUGUCUGAACCACGAACUGCAGGAUAUUCUUGUAACACAUGAUUUUAAGGCAUUAAGGAGUUAAAACCAGAGAACACCAGUCUACAUUACUGCUGGGAUGUAAUACAUCAACAAUAAUCAUUUUAAGAAGAUGCUAUAUAAAAUAGCCACAAAAAGAAAAAUAAUAUAACUGUAAAAGCCUGACAACAAAAUGGUGAGCAUUUUUAACGGGGGAGCUUAUACUUUAACAUAUCAGAAUUGUGGAUUCUUGAAGAAACAAUGAAACCUGGAUUGCCAGAAGGAGAAUAUCAUAUACGACCAGCAAGCUAAAUGAAGCUUUAGCAAGUGUUUUCUGCACUAAAUAUUCAGAUAUUCAUAUCAAUUGAUAUUACUAAAAGAUUUUUCCAUCUAAGUUUUAUGACCAAUUAUGUAUCUUCUUCUAAUGAAAACAAACCAAAUUAAAUAGCUGAUGGUUUUCAUCAAAAGAACACGGACUGGAUUUAUAAUAUAAAGCAAGUUAUGUGAUCAAGAAAUCAUUUCAAAAUAAUAAGGACUGCUAUAGAAACAGACUUACAUUUGUUAACAAAAGGAUGUCUAAACACAUUCUAGAAGCUAGAAACCUUAUGUUUCCAUUUUUGUUUUCAAAUGUUCUGGGAAACAGACACUUUCAUAUAUUUCCUCAAAGGGAAAUGUAACUCCUUUCAUUUGAGGAAGUUUCUCUUGGUUGUGACUUUUUAAGACAAAACAAACACAAAUAUUUUGUACUGGUCUUUAGAAAUCCACCAGCCAACUAAAUCUCACAAUUCAUACAGUUGAAGUACUGGAGAGAAAAAAAGAAUUCCUACAAGACAUGAAAUAAAACACAGCUACUUCACUGUUGUCGGGUAAAAAUUCAUGUCAAAAUCUGCCAAUGGCACCAUGUAUCAAUUUGUGAAAAACUGCUAUAGUGAGCCAAAAGGCCCAUAGGCAACAGCAAACAGGGAAAACACCAACUGCUCCAAAAGAAUGUGUUUUUCUCCCAUUCUGGAAAUCAACAUGCAGUCUGAAUCUAACAUUACAGUGCGAGAUGACAUUGAUGACAUCAACACCAAUAUGUACCAACCACUAUCAUAUCCAUUAAGCUUUCAAGUGUCUCUCACCGGAUUUCUUAUGUUAGAAAUUGUGCUGGGACUUGGCAGCAACCUCACCGUACUGAUACUUUACUGCAUGAAAUCCAACUUAAUCAACUCUGUCAGUAACAUUAUUACAAUGAAUCUUCAUGUACUUGAUGUAAUAAUUUGUGUGGGAUGUAUUCCUCUGACUAUAGUUAUCCUUCUGCUUUCACUGGAGAGUAACACUGCUCUCAUUUGCUGUUUCCAUGAGGCCUGUGUAUCUUUUGCAAGUGUCUCAACAGCAAUCAACGUUUUUGCUAUCACUCUGGACAGAUACGACAUCUCUGUAAAACCUGCAAACCGAAUUCUGACAAUGGGCAGAGCUGUAAUGCUCAUGAUAUCCAUUUGGAUUUUUUCAUUUUUCUCUUUCCUGAUUCCCUUUAUUGAGGUAAAUUUUUUCAGUCUUCAGAGUGGAAAUACAUGGGAAAACAAGACACUUUUGUGUGUCAGUACAAAUGAAUACUACACUGAACUGGGAAUGUAUUACCACUUGCUAGUACAGAUCCCAAUAUUCUUUUUCACUGUCAUAGUAAUGUUAAUCACAUACACCAAAAUACUUCAGGCUCUUAAUAUUCGAAUAGGCACAAGAUUUUCAACAGGGCAGAAGAAGAAAGCAAGAAAGAAAAAGACAAUUUCUCUAACCACACAACAUGAGACUACAGACAUGUCACAAAGCAGUGGUGGGAGAAAUGUAGUCUUUGGUGUAAGAACUUCAGUCUCUGUAAUAAUUGCACUCCGGCGAGCCGUGAAACGACACCGUGAACGAAGAGAAAGGCAAAAAAGAGUCUUCAGAAUGUCUUUAUUGAUUAUUUCUACAUUUCUUCUCUGCUGGACACCAAUUUCUGUUUUAAAUACGACCAUUUUAUGUUUAGGCCCAAGUGACCUUUUAGUAAAAUUAAGAUUGUGUUUUCUAGUCAUGGCUUAUGGAACUACUAUAUUUCACCCACUACUAUAUGCAUUCACUAGACAAAAAUUUCAAAAGGUCUUGAAAAGUAAAAUGAAAAAGCGAGUUGUUUCCAUAGUGGAAGCCGACCCCAUGCCUAAUAAUGCUGUAAUACACAACUCUUGGAUAGAUCCUAAAAGAAACAAAAAACUUUGCUUUGAAGAUAGUGAAAUAAGAGAAAAAUGCUUAGUACCUCAGGUUGUCACAGACUAAGGAAAAGACUAAGGUUCACCAAACUCACAUUCAGAAGUUCUCAAUUAAAAUGUAAAAAAUGGAAUUACUGCCAAAUAUGAGGAAAAACACUUUAAGUAUUAGUUAUGGGUUGUAAAUUUUCAAUGUAAAUGUCAAGAUUAGAUUAGGUCAUAUAUAUUCAAUUUCUUCAUUACUUAAUGUAUUUGUUGCAUGGCAGUUUGUUAAAAUAAUAUUGUGUAUAUUUUGUCAAUAUUAUGUCUGUCCAUCAGAAGAUACUCAUGUAAGUCAUAUUUUUUAAAGAAUAAAUACAUAGCCUUAAAACAGUGUAUAACUUUAAAAUGUAACUGACACAGAUAUCCUUGCUUUUUUUUAUAUAAAGUAUAUUGUUUCUAAGCCACAAACUAUAGAUAUAUUUAUAUGAUGACAACUGAUACAGCAUUUUAACAUAAGAAUAAAAAUCACGGGCUCCAAACAAGCAAAACAAUCCAGGAUUUUCUGUAUCCUGUAUUGUUUACUGGUGUAGUCUAUUUGCUGUAAUACUUAAUGCAUCAAAAAUUAUGAGCUAUGCAUAAAACUUUAUCCUCUUUUUUAAAUGUAGAAAAUUGUAGGAUUUAUCAGGAUUUUAAAAUUCAAGAACCAAAAAACAGUCCUCUAUAUGCACACCAAGCUACAGAAACUUUGAAAUUCAAGUUUAUUAUGAAAAACACAUUGAAUUUCUAAGAUCAAGGGCACUAUGCCUAAAAUAUACAAAUGAACUGAUAAUAAAAAGAAGGCAGAAAAUUAAAGCACCAGCCUCUUUCUUCCUUUCUCACUUUGCUUGAGUCUAAGCCAAAUGCUCUGGAUUUAUACAGUAUAUUGGUAAAAACCAGUGCAUUAAAAUAAGCUGACUUCCUUACUUUAUUCAAGUCAGGCUUUUUGUAUAAUAGAAGUUAACUAUUAAAAUCUGAAUACAAGGAAGAAAAAGAAAGACUAUAUAACAUUGUAGAAAAGCUUAACAAAAGUAACUAUUUCUAAUUUUAGAUACACAGGAACUUCAGCCUAACACAAUUUACACAAUGUUCCUACACAACCAUGUUUCAAAAUACAGUAGUUCUAUUUCCACCCGGAAAAUCACUAAAGCA